CUAACUGUGGAUAAUUGUACCACCAAUCAGCCGGAACAGUUCUGCUUUGUAAGCAACCCAGGCACAGGCACAGAAAGGUCUCAGUAAUACCCUUUUGAAAUAAUAUUUUUCUGACUAACCGGCCUCAGAAAAUAAUGCUAAGAUUCAUAGCUGUUUCUACAAACAUAACACCCUCUUCGUUUGUCCUGCUCUUAGAACACUGGAUUUGGAUAACAAUAACAUGGUAUUUGGAGGAAUCAAAUCAAUUGACCCAAUCCUCCUUCGCCCAGGUCAUGUAAAAACAGAUGACUUUAUUGGUUGCAUCAAGGAAGUUAAACUGAACAAUAUUCCUGUGAAAAUUGCUGAGGCCCUGUCUUCAAGUAACAUCCUAACCAGUUGCCCUCGUCUAGAUGGAGCUUGUCAAGAUAAAGCAUGCCUCAGCGAUGGAGUCUGCCUUGGCUCUUGGUCUUACUACUUGUGUCAAUCUCCCGAAGGCUUUACUGGAGCAAAUUGUGGAAAAGCUAUUCUUGCAUAUACAGCAGUCUAUCUCAAUGGCCAGUCUCAUCUUGCUUAUUUCAUUCAAGAAAAUUAUAAACGUGCCCAACUGCUGGGGAGCCAGAGAAGGAAAAGGAACCGACAAGGAAUUGAUGACUACCUCAGUAUUGAAGUACACUUCAGAACACACUACUCGGAAGGAGUUCUCCUCCACCUCCAAGGGAACAAAACUCAUGCCACUGUCAAGAUUUUGGAAGGAAGGAUAAUCUUCAUUUCCAACGCUGGAUCGGCAGGUUACACUAAAAAUCAUUUACCAGAUAUCUCCGUCUCCGAUGGCGCUUGGCACACAUUCAAAUUGGAGAUCAGUACCAUGGCCACCAGACUGAUUCUUGAUCAAAAGUACCAGGAAAACAUCACUAAUGGAGGGAUCAAUGUGGCCAGCUUUUCAUUAGGACGGAUACCACCAUCACAGAUUGAUGAUCUGAGUGAACCAGGCUUUAAAGGCUGCAUCAAGGUAUUAAAGUAUAAUAAUCAAGUGAUGCCAUUUACUGGAUCAAAUGACCUGAUCAAAGUUCAGCCAAGUGAUGUCUCUGUCCAGAUUGGAUGCAGUGGAUGGAACCUGUGUCCAAAUGGAACAAAGUGCAUUGAUUUAUGGUUGGCAUACAAAUGUCUUCCACUUUCCUGUUUUCCUGACCCUUGUACGCAUGGUGGUACAUGCAUCAUUUCCUUGGAAGGCCUGCCUCACUGCAAGCCAGACUUUACCGGAUCUUAUUGUGAACUCCCACGUCAGAAAGGCAAUGUUCAGUUUCCACAGUGGAGAACUGCAGUCAUUAUCCUGGUUACUCUGGGAAUAAUUUCCCUGUUGGUUGCAUUCUUCAAGUGUCGAUACACUACCUCAGAAAGCAAGGGAACAAAAAUGGGCCCAUUAUUUCGACAGGGCACCGUGAACAAAGCUUUUGAUGAUGACCAUAAUAGUGGCUGUGACAUAAAAGGUCACACUUCUGACGAUAAUGGAAAGCCACCGGACAUCAUCAAGGCAGAAAAAAAUCGUCACGCCGUGGAUGAAACGUUUAGCAAUGCCACAGGUACGAUGCAGAAAAAGAACAACUGUGGGCACAAAGACUAUGACAUUGAGAGCUAUGCCACUGAGAACACUGGCUGGGUAGCUCCUUUGGGUACUGAUGACACUCAGCACCAGAAACCGAUCCGGACCAUUAAUGAUCAAGAUCACAAAGUAAUUCCCUCCAGGAAUGGGCAAUCUUUUACAUCAACAUUAAAUCAUAGAAACACCCAUUCUACCACGCAGAUCACUUCCAGCCAACAAAAUGCAACAACAAUUCAUCAUGAAAACCAACACUGCCUUCAUGUACAUCCAUCUCAAUGGUUUCAUUCAUCGUUUCUGUUGACAGAGCACCAGCAUUUCAUGAAUGAACUUCAUUCAACAGGCUAUGGGGCGGAGGUCUCCCCCCAGGUUCACUUUGAUGACUGCCAGUCAAGCCAAGGAGGUAUUGACAACUUGUCCUUUAGUGGAGAUCUUCAGCCAGAUACACUAACAUUUGCAUCCAAUGGCACAACCAACAGCAGAGGAAAACAGGCACUCAGGAGAUUUCCAAUGGGCCUAUCUGCAGAAGAGGUAAAAAAAUUACAUGCUCCAACGUUACAGAAACCUGUCGAGAGCACCAUUCAAGAAACUUCUCUGUCCCAAUUUUCACAGAGAAUUUCAUCCCGUAGAUGUGCCUCAGUCUUUAUUCCUACCUCUGACCCUUCAUCCGACAGUGAUUCCCAUAGUUCUUUCACUUGUUCAGAGUACGACUAUGAAAGAGAACUAUACAGUCAUUUCUCCGUGGACGAAUCUACUCAACGAGAUUCCGGGAGAUGUAUUGUUGAGGAUGAUGAGGUGCUGGAUAAAUGGGAGAUUGGAUUGAAAAGGCAUGCAACUAAUUUGCUUUUAAUGGACUCUCAAAUUAUCAGCGAUGAGGAUUCAGAUAACAACAUCCUACCUACCACUCAUGACAACACAAUAUACAAAUGGGAAACAUUUUUAAACUGGGGGCCAACUUUUGAAAUGUAUCUUGACAUUUUCAAGGAUCUCGCUGAACUUCCAAUUGAACCAGGAAUUGAAAAUCAAUGUUGUGCUCCUGAAGGAAGUGAUCAUGAAGAAAUCCUGUAACACAAUUCCCAAACAUAUCUCAAAAACGUACGCUAAACUAUCGGUAUACUGAAAUACAAUGGCGGGAGAAAAUAUUAGUAGAUAUUACUUUUAUACUAAAACAUGUAUGCUAAAAUAUAAUGUAGGAUAAAUAAUUUAGCAGAUAUUAAUCUUUUAUGAUUUUGGGCAAAGGAGCAGCACAAUUGUGCAGCAGUAGAGUUGCUGCCUUACAGCACCAGGGACCCAGGUUCGAUUCUGAUUAUGGGUGCAGUCUGUACAGAGUUUGUACGUUCUCCCUGUGACUGCGUGGGUUUUCUCUGGGUGAAUUCCAAAGAAGCACAAGUUUGUAGGUUAAUUGCCUUCUGCAAAUUGUAAAUUCCUAGUGUGUAGGAUAGUGCCAGUGGAUGGGGUGAUUGCUGGUCGGCAUGGACUUGGUGGACCGAAGGGCCCGUUUCCAUGAUGUAUGGCAAAAGUCAAAAGAUGCUGUCUGACCUUCUGAAUAUUCCCAGCAUUUUCUGUGUUUAUUUGUGCAUCAUUGAUUAGGCUGACCGUAAAAUGCUUCUCGAUACUGCCGCACAAAAUUGUGUGUCUGGCACCACCAUAAAAACUGCGCAGGCCAACAAAAGUCCAUGCAAAAAACACAAUGCUGAAGAACCUCAGCGGGUCAUUCAGCAACUGGGGAAGGAAUGGAAUGUUUUGGGUCUGGACCUUCUUGCAAACCUCUCAUGGCCACUAGGAAUGUGGCUAUCCCUUUAGUUUGCAAAAUCCCAAAGAAAGAAAAUGGAAAAAAAGGAGUGCAGAGAAGAUUUACGAGGAUGUUGCCAGGAUUUGAGGGCCUGAGCUAUAGGGAGAGGUUGGACAAGCUAUGGCUGUAUUCCUUGGAGCACAGGAGGAUGAGGGGUUAUCUAGAGGUAUAUAUAAUCAAGAGAGGAAUAGAUAGGGUAGAUGCACACACUCAGAGUUGGGGAUUUAAGAACCAGAGGACAUAGGUUUAAAGUGCGAGGGGAAAGAUUAAUAGCAACCCGAGGAGCAACUUUUUCACACAGAGGGUGGUGGGUGUAUGGAAUGAGCUGCGAGAGGAAGUAGCUGCUGCAGGCACUAUAACAAAAUUUACAUCGACGGGUACAUGGAUAGGAAAGGUUUAGAGGGAUAUGGAUAUGUUGGGCCGAAGGGCCUGUUUCCAUGCAGUAUAACUUUAUGACUUGUGACUAAAAUAAACUUCUCCUGGCACAGAUAAUAAUUCUGAACUUUCAGGCUAAACUUUCUAUUAAUCCAUAAGAACAGUACAUUUCUUUCAGACACUACACAAUUAAACAUUAAUGUUCAGAUGAAUUAUAAAUGAGCAUUUGUGAAUGUUCCUGACUUGUGACCAUUUUAUUCAUUUGCAAAUUGAUCUGUAGGGGUAAUUGGAGCAGCCAAGCAAUAGUUUUCAUUUAGAUCUUUUCCCAAAUAUUUUACAGGCCCAAAUUAAUCAUUCUGGACUUCUGUCUCACUAAGAUUAUAAAAUCAAUGAGGUGUUUUCUUUUAUUUGAAUCCAAUUAUAAGUAAGUUGGUGGAAUGAAAUUCAGCGAGGUUCAGUUCAUUCUUAACUGUUGUUGAAGUCCACGGUGAAAUAUGUGUUGAUUUAUUUAAAAAUGCACAAAAGACAGCACAGUGGUGCAGCUGAAAGAGCUGCUGCCUCACAGUGCCUGAAACCCCAGGGUUCGAUAAUGACCUUGGUGCAACCUGUGUGGUGUUUGCAUGUUCUCCCUGUGACCACGUGGGCUUCCUCUAGAUGCUCCGGUUUCCUCUCACAUCCAGAAGAUGUGCAAGUUUGUUUAGAGGGCCUGUUUCCUUGCACCGUGACUCCACGACUACAAAAAAAUCUCUCGGUGCAGAUAACAAUACUGAACUUCAAGGCUAAACUUUAUUUUAAUCCAUUUGAGACCGCUACUAUAACAUUUAAAAGACCCUUGGAGGGCUAUAUGGAUAGGAAAGGUUUAGAGGGAUAUGUACCAAAUGCAGGAAAAUUAGACUAGCUUAGAUUGGGCAUCUUGGUCGGCAUGGGCGAGUUGGGCUGAAGGGCCUGGAGCCAUACUAAAUGGUUCGAUUACUCUAUAUUGCAAAAGUUAUUCAAUUGCUGUAAUGUGAAAAGCAUUAAAUAUGUGUAUGUAAAAUAAUUUUAAUGGUUAAAUGUAGGUUCUUUAUGUA